AUGCCUUUCUUUUCUGCUCUCGGUUCCCUCUGGAGCCUCCUCCGCCCCAAUCGCCCCAAUCGCCCCCCUGCUGGACCACCGGAUUCCCCCGUGGGUGGUGACGGGCCUGGCUGGGACGAGAGAGCCUGGACGCGGCUACAGCCCGUCCGCUCAAUCGUCCUUGGUUUCCGGGCUCUUGUGGCGCUGUGGGUGACGCUCGCCGGCCUUGUGACAACGAUGGGCUCCUGUUUUUCAGGGGCCUGGACUCGGAUCAAGCUGGCCGAUGCCGACCCUGCAGCAGCAGACGUCACCAUCAGUGACGUUGCCAUCAGUCUCCCCAUGGCCUUCUUGAGUAUCGUCGGGACAUGCACAUAUUCGCUGGAAGGACACAGCGGGAUCCGUUCCGUUGUCGUCGUCCUGUCGUUUAUCUCCGUGUUCUCGGCGGUCGUUGGAGGAUUUGCAUUUAGCUCUCCCGGGAUCGUCUAUAGGGUUGCUCCUCGGGGACGGGUCCUCCUUAUCGUCGAUCUUUGGGGGCCUGUCGCAGGUGGCAUCGGCUUUCUUGUAGCCCUUGAAACGGACCUAAGUGCAGAUGCGGACGCGUCCCUGACCCCCGUUCUGACCCCGAUACGAAUGCUGCUUCUACGUAGCAUCGGGGACGAUUACCCGGCCCAUCUUGGCACUCUCAUCAUCACCUGGGCCGGCGAAACGAAAUGCAUUCAACUCAUCAAUUUCACCAAGUCAACCUCUAUCGACUUCACCAACUCAACCUCAACCUCAACCGACUCAAGGAGUCAACCACAACCACAUCGACGCUUCAAGCCUCGAAAGUCCAAGAAAACCGCAAUCACAUCCUAUAUUGCACAAAAUCCGCCCCACAGUCGCUCUUGUCGUCCAGUCUGUCAUUCAUCGACUGCGACUCUUGUCAAGCUCAAACCCCUUUGUCUGGAGACUAUCGUCUUAUUGUCCCAAGACUACAACUCAUCCUUUUGUCUCAAGACUACAAAUCGCUUGUCUCAGCUCUAUCCCAAGCAUGACCACGAUGCAUCGCCAUUCGUCCCAUUGGCCGCAUUCUUCAUGACCGACUUCAUCAACGCCCUGCCACGCUUCGGUUCUACCAGACAAAAGCAGCAUCUCACAACUAUCGAAGCAUUAUCAGCUCGAUCUGAUCUACCAUGCAAUCUUUUCAGCCUCCUCAUGGUUUCGAAGUCCCGUGUCCAUCCCUACACCCUAAUACUGGCCGAAAGCUGCCUUUCUCGGUGUUUCGCCGCGAGAUGCUCAUGCCAGAUACAACUCUCGCCUCCCAAUCGCCAACAUCAAGUCUUGCGAUCAGAUUGCUUCAGAUGA